AUGACUAUUGCUGCAUAUGCGUAUGAAACAAAUGAUAUUCUUGGCUCAGUAUCAGACAUGCAUGAAGAUUGGCUUAAAGGUAUUGAUAAAUCUUUAAAAAAUCACAGUCAGUCUAUUGCUGACUACAAGAAAAGUAUAGAUUUUUUACAUAGUGCUAUGGACGUACAUGAUGGAAGCAUAAGGAACUUACUUAAUGCUAACAAUAACUUACCAGGAACUAUUAAAGCAUUUAUAAAGUCCUUUGUAAAACCCGGUGCUCUAACAUUUAGGUCUUUGAGAGCAAGAGCAUUGAAGUCAAGAGAUGCAGAAACUCCAACAGAAGGAACUGAAACAACAGAAACUCCAGAAGAACCACCAAAACCAACAGCUAAUGAAAUAUUGUUCGAAUAUUUUCCAAGGUACUCUGUUCUCAUUGCAUACAUUCAAGAAAUACUUAAGAAAGCAGACUUGACUUUAGGAGAUGAUGAAAGUUCUGUAUAUCUUUCGUUCCAGUUUCAAAUAGCAGAACUUUUGAGACAGAUAUGCUUAAUGUAUGACAACAUCUCUGAUUUCACAAGAUAUGAUGACGACCAUGACCCCGAACACGGUGAAGAAGAAGUUUUACAAACAUCCAUUAAGACAGGAAAGGUUUUAACUCAAAAUCUCAUUAUUGACACCAAAGAUGGCGAAGUGGACGUUCUUCAAGAGCUGAAGAAAAAUACUUCUUCGGGAGGUGGUGGUAGGCAUGAACUUGAAAUAAAUGAGAUAGAAGAGAAAUUAGCCGAAAAAGCAGAUAAAAACCAUGUUCAUUAUAUAAGUUCAGAUGAACAGAUUAUAACGGAUACCAUGGAUAUUUAA